GGCCCUCCCGAGCUCUGUCCACAGCCUCAACAACUUUGCAUGGGCCAGAUGGCAGCAAAACACCCUUACUGAGCCCACAGACCCAUGAGUGCUUGCCUCCCUCAUUACAUAAGAGUACAACGAUGAGGGAAAUGAUGAAUUUCUUCCAGCACUGGCUCUGCUUCUCACACCCUCAAGGGCCAAGAGCUACCCAAUCUGCUCCCUAGCCCCUUGUGGUUUCCUUGCCCCUCCGCUCUUCUUCAUCCCUUCUGAAACAGGUGGAGCCCACUCCGAUAUGCACAGGGGAUGUUCCCAUUGCUCCAUGUCUGCCAGGCAGGUCAGGAUCUAACUGCCACACAGACUCAGACAUCCACAGUUGGAAUCAGGGGCUUCCCAAGUGCCUUAGCCAUCAGCUCCACAAAGCACUUCUUCAUCCCUGCCCUUCCUUUCCCAUCCUCACCCUCUCCCAGCCCUCCCCUGCAGCCCUACCACUGAUUACCCUGGGCUUUGAGGCUAAUACUCAACACCUGACCAGCUUAUUUGCCUGAGUCUAUUAUCAGCUUAAGCACCAAAGACAUCUGCUCCCUGCUACUGGCUGGGAGAUACAAAGGAGUCUUCAAGCACGCAGCAGGAGAGCGAGGGUGCAAAGGACGACAUCUUGUCAGCAUAUAUGGGUUUCUGAACACCUCCAUUACUGAGAGGGGGCAGCUCCUUGUCCCUGUAGGGCAAAAUGGCUCAGGAUAUGACAGAGAAAGAACUGUUGAAGAUGGAACUGGAUCAGCUGAAAAAGGAGGUGAAGAAUGAGAGGCAAAUGGUCUCCAAGACCGGCAAAGAGAUCAAGGAGUACGUCGAAUCCAUGGCAGGAGAGGACCCACUGUUGAAAGGUGUCCCUGAGGACAAGAACCCCUUUAAGGAAAAGGGUGGCUGUACAAUAAGCUGACACCCUUCCUCUUCCCUCCCUGUCCUGGCCAGGAACUGGGCUGUUUCAUGCAGGAGCCAAGACUGUAAGAAACCUGCUUUUCCUGUAGUCUGACCUUGGCACUGGGGAGUCCUGAACCAAUAUGUAGUUGCAUCUAAAGUAGAAAAAAAAAAAAAGAGAGAGAGAGGAAAGAAAAAAGUUAUCCCCUCCCCCCAACACUGGAGAUGAGGUUCAGCAGCCAGAGCAGUGUGUUUUUGUGAUCAUGUGAUUUACAUUUGGUUUCCGCCAAGCAAAACUUCUGUAUUUUUAGCAGCAAACUGGGCUUUAAUGAAACCAUAGGGCUGUGUCUUGUUUCAUGCUUCUCCAAGCAGACCAACUCCAGCAUAGGCUCCAAAGCCCUGAGCUGAGCCCCCCUCUCCCUGCUCACUGCAGAAGAAUGCUCCCAGCGGGACCUCACUUAUUUCCCCUUGGUGCCUGUUUUCCCAUCUGGCACUGGCAGACAAUAUAGUGUUGCUAGUUUGAGGCUUCCAGAGGUCUGAAGCUUUAUUCUCUUUAUUCCAAUGUAUACCCCCAGCCCAAUAAUGCUGUCCAUCACUCCUACAGACCACAGUUCACAUCCACAAUGCAUCUAGAGCCAUAGGAUGUCCAGAGUAUGUCUGGGGACUUCAACACAUUAUGAGACACAGGAAGGUGCAGGGCCCCAAGCAGCUUGUUCAAAUGCUUCACCCUGCCACUUGGUCUCGCUUCCUUGCUGGGAAACCCUCCAGCAGCCACAGGAGAGCAAGCUGUCAGGGCCUGCCUGCAGCUGUGGUGGCUCCAAACACUGCCUUGGCUUUACCAUCUGCCCUCCUGCUCUCCUCUGCUGCUGAAGCUGUGCUGUGGGCAGGCGGGGAGGAUGGACCAAUUCCAUACAGGUAGUAGUGCUGCAAAGUCUUGUCCCACAACGUCUCGAUGGUGACAGGGAUGACUUGGAGCUGGCAGCCCAGACAGCCUCUGCUCAGAGGUGGUACAUGCACAAGGUCAGUCUUAAACACAGCAAUGA